AACUCAUCAUUUCAAUAUUUCACAUAGUAUUUCUAAGAUCUAUGGCUGAAAUUCAACACCACCAUGCAGCUACACUAGCUCGCAGUGAAUCAAAAGUGUACAACAUGGAUGUUGAAAAAAAUGAAGAAAAAGAUUAUACACAAAGAGCUCAAUGGCUUAGAGCAGCUGUUUUAGGUGCUAAUGAUGGUUUACUCUCAACAGCAUCCUUAAUGAUGGGUGUUGGAGCUGUUACAAAAGAUGUUAAGACAAUGAUUCUAACCGGAAUUGCUGGUCUUAUAGCCGGUGCAUGUAGCAUGGCAAUCGGUGAAUUUGUGUCGGUAUAUUCGCAAUAUGAUAUUGAGUAUGCACAAAUGAAAAGACAAGGAAAUACUUCUCAGAAAGAUAAAUUACCUAAUCCUUAUUAUGCCGCUUUUGCCUCGGCCGUUGCUUUUGCGGUCGGGGCUUUUGUGCCGUUACUCGGCGCGGCUUUUGUGAAAGAUUAUAAGGUUAGAUUGGGAGUUGUGGUUGGUGUUGUUAGUUUUGCCUUGUUUGUUUUUGGUGGGUUGAGUGGUUUUCUUGGGAAAGCACCUUUGGUUAAGUCAUGUUUGAGGGUUUUGAUUGGUGGAUGGUUAGCUAUGUCUCUUACUUUUGGUUUAACUAAGCUUGUAAACCAUGUUGUAGUUUGAUCAACUUUAAUCUCUUUAUUUCCAGCA